UACGUGUACAUCCAACAAGAUCGGCGUUAAGGCAACACCAGAAUAUUUGGCAAAAAAGAUUUGCCUCCCCUUCCCCCUUUUUUUUUCAGCCGCCGAAUCAUGUCGAUGAGCCCAAAGCAUACGACUCCUUUCUCAGUGUCUGACAUCUUGAGUCCCUUGGAGGAAAGCUACAAGAAAGUGGGCAUGGAGGGUAGCAACUUGGGGGCUCCCUUGGCAGCCUACAGGCAGUCUCAGGUUUCUCAGCCAGCAAUGCAGCAGCACCCCAUGGGCCACAACGGGACAGUGACUGCUGCCUACCAUAUGACAGCGGCAGGCGUCCCCCAACUCUCCCAUACCACUAUGGGGGGCUACUGCAACGGCAACCUAGGCAACAUGGGCGAGCUUCCACCUUACCAGGAGACUAUGAGGAACAGUGCUUCAGCCACAGGAUGGUACGGGGCCAAUCCGGACCCCCGCUUCUCUACAAUAUCCCGCUUUAUGGGGCCGUCUUCUGGAAUGAACAUGGGCGGCAUGGGGAGCUUGAGCUCGCUGGGAGACGUUAGCAAGAGCAUGGCACCUCUCCAGAGCACUCCGCGGAGGAAACGCAGGGUCCUUUUCUCCCAGGCCCAGGUUUACGAGCUGGAGAGACGUUUCAAGCAGCAGAAAUACCUCUCGGCUCCGGAGAGAGAGCAUUUAGCCAGCAUGAUACAUCUCACUCCGACUCAGGUCAAAAUCUGGUUUCAGAACCACCGCUACAAGAUGAAACGCCAGGCCAAAGACAAAGCUGCGCAGCAGCAGAUGCAGCAGGACAACAGCUCUUGCCAACAGCAGCAGUCUCCCAGAAGAGUGGCGGUGCCCGUGCUUGUAAAGGAUGGCAAGCCCUGUCAAGCCGGCUCCAACACACCGACGGCAGCUCUCCAGACCCAUCAGCAGCAGGCAGCUGCAGCAAUCACAGUGGCUACCAAUGGCAACAGCCUGGGACAGCAUCAGAGCCACCAGCCGAACAGUGCUGGGCAGUCUCCAGACCUGGGACAGCACUCAGCCAGCCCUUCGUCUCUCCAGAGCCAGGUCUCCAGUUUGUCUCACUUAAACUCUUCUAGUUCUGACUAUGGCACUGCCAUGUCUUGCUCUACCUUGCUUUACGGUAGGACCUGGUGAAAGGAUUUUUUUUUUUUUUGUAAAGAAAGCUCAGAGGCGCCCAGUCACACAACUCUCUGCCCUGUUCAAACUAUUUUAUUUUUAUUUUUUAACGAGCGGUUCUUUGAGGAACCCCUAACAGAGAGACAGAGAGUGACUUUUAGGUUGUUAAAUGGGUAUUUAAUAAAAACAAAAUAAAUCAUGGAGCAGUUGCAGAACGGAGCCCAUGAGUGUCAUGGUCUGAAGGCUUGGAUUUCAAAUGUACACUUUGUCAGCGAAUAGACCUUGCAUGUAAAUAUAGAGAUUUUCGGAGGGGAGGGGGUGGGCGUUUCCCCCAAAAAAACCAUUCGUGUCACCCAGACAAAAGGAAAGGCCCUCUUUCUACUCCCCCAGCCCAGCCGCCAGGGCCCGCGGAUGGAGAGAUUGAUUCGUCACAGCUUGGCAUUUUUUUCUUCCCUUACUUUUGGUGUGAACCUGUAGCUGUAUAAUGCUGUCAAAAGUUGGGCUAACCCCAUAGUUUUUAGUAACCUGUAUAUUUUGUUGUAAAGAAAAAAAAAUACAAUCAACCAAAUCAAACCAAAACACACACCCGACCUUUUUUAUGGACAUUGGACGAUCCGUGUAAAUCCUUUGGCAGUUUGUUAUUUCCGCACGUCUCCUCUUUCUGUUGUAAACUUAUGUAGAUAUUUGGCUUAAAUAUAGUUCCUAAGAAGCUUCUAAUAAAUUAUACACAUUCCAAAUAUUCUUUUUAUUAUUAUGAUUAUUUCCCUUGGCUUUCCCCCGUAGAUCUCUCUCCCCACCCCCGAAAACAAGUCAGGAUGCUCAUAAAUACUGACACUAACAGCAAAAAGGCCCAAAUCUUGCGCCCGCUGAAGUCAGUGGGGAAGUUCGGCCCAUUGGUGUCAAUGGGAAGCAGGAUCAGGCCCAUGGUCUGGAGAAGUGAUAAGCGAAUAUACGUGAUAACUAUAUUCCUGUUUUAUCUAAUGAAGGAAUCGAGUCCGAAUUGAUUAGCCAGAUAUCAGGCUAGGGAGUCCACAGCACAUGGCUGGUAAUUCAUAGAUAAAGGAAAAUAUUCCAGAAGCAGUCACUGCAAUUCCAAAAGGCAUUUAAGAGAAGUUAAACGGCUGAGGUUGUUAGAAACAAACUAACGAGUAGCCAGCCCACUGACAGAUUAGCAAGUGCAACCGUUUUAAAGCGUGUCCAGUUUUAAUAACUUGUACAAAGAUCAUUUCUACCAGGUUUUAUGUACUUGUAUUUUAAGGAAAGUAUAGUCACCUUAUUUAUAAUCAAAAUAAAAUGGUAGUUUAUUGUGUCCGGCGUGUAGUUUGAAUUAACUUUUUUUUUUUUAUAAAACUGUAUUUCAUUUUACACACAGGCGCAAACGCAUCACUUCAGUUUUUCCCUGCAGCUUUCAUCCUUACAAAACAGGCAGGGGAACUACUUUGCUGGGAGCGCAUUUCUUUUUAACGCAGAUUGCUUUUGCUUUGGUGCCUGGACUAGGCUGUAAAGACACAGGUGAAGGGGGGUGGGGUGUAUGUUUGUAG